GCACUCCGUCGUCGUCUGCGCUGAUGAGAGUAACGCAGAAGGGGGAAAGUUAUUGAUGAGAUUCGCGUGUGCGACCGGUCCCCGCGAUUCUUACGUUUACGAUUAUUACGCGGCAGAUUAAGUAGCGUGUAUCAGUUCAAAGGUCACGUCUGGAGCAAAUUGAACUAAAGAGUGGGACAGAGAAAGAUAGAUAGUGGGAUCUUCUACAAAGAUCCUAGUUGCUUCCGUCUUCGGACUAGCAGCAGAAGUAUCUAUCCACAUGCUUCCCAUUGAUCUUAUCGAGCGUUUCUUCGAUUCGUUGCACCGUACCAUGGAGGUUAAAGUAUUUGCACCAGAAGCAAAAAUGUCACUGUGGGCAAAAGCACAGCAAUUGCCACAAGAUGCAUUGCAACAAGUACGUUCAGUGUACGGAGAACAUUUCCCAAUUGAAGUUCGACAUUUUUUGUCUACUUGGAUCGAAGAAAAAAUGUGGACCGACAUAGAACCUGAAAAUCCGCAGCACGAACAGUACGUAGCUAAUCUUGUCAUAUCUCUGAUACAAGAAUUGGAAUCCAAAGCAGCUUCAUUAAAUACAGAUGAUAUGUUUCUUACAAAGUUAAAAUUAAUUGAGGCUGCAAAAAAUUUUCGCCAAAGAUACACUCACAAUCCGACAACAUUGUUUAGAAUAAUUAGACACUGUCUAGCAACAGAAAUGAACUUAGUAGCUCAAGUAGAAAAUUUGGGAGGUGCUUUAAUGAGCAAGGCAGGUGGAAAAGUAGGAUUGAUCAGUGAUUCUGUUGCUGAAAUAGCGCAACACGUUGAAUCUUUACGACGCAGAACGCAAGAAACUGGAGAAGAUUUACGAAAAAUGGAGCAAGAACAAGAAGCAUUUGCAAUUAGUUAUCACGAAUGUACUAAAUUAAACGCGCAUCUUCAACAUCUUGCAACUCAGCCACAAAAUCAGCAAAAUUUAGACCUGGAAAAAAAAAUCAGAAGACAAAAGGAGCAACAAGAACAACUACUAAAUCAUAAAGUGGCUGGUUUGAUGCAGUUACGUUUGACAUUAGCUGAUAAACUGAAGGACACGAUCACCAGACUAAACAGUUUGCAAUCUAGAGUUUUGGAUGAUGAACUUAUUAGAUGGAAAAGAGUACAACAAUUAUCAGGAAACGGUGCGCCGUUUAACAGCAAUUUGGAUACCAUUCAAGAAUGGUGUGAUAGUUUAGCAGAAUUAAUUUGGCUUAAUCGUCAACAAAUCAAAGAAGCAGAUCGUUUAAAACAAAAAUUUGCGCUCGAACCACCAGGAAUGCAAGAUAUUCUUUCUACGUUAAAUUCACAGAUCACACAGCUUCUUAGUUCUCUAGUUACUAGUACAUUUAUCAUAGAAAAGCAACCGCCGCAAGUAAUGAAAACCAAUACACGUUUUACGAGUACGGUACGUCUUCUCGUGGGUGGAAAAUUAAACGUUCAUAUGAAUCCACCUCAAGUAAAAGUGAGUAUCAUUAGCGAAGCUCAAGCAAAUGCUAUGUUAAAGAGCGACAAAAUGGCAAAAAAUGGAGAAGUUAGCGGUGAAAUCUUGAACAAUACAGGAACAAUGGAAUAUCAUCAGGCAACCAGACAACUUUCCGUAAGUUAUCGUAACAUGCAAUUGAAGAAGAUCAAAAGGGCAGAAAAGAAGGGAACAGAAUCCGUCAUGGAUGAAAAAUUCUCGCUCCUCUUUCAAUCGCAAUUUAACGUUGGGGGAGGUGAAUUAGUAUUCCAGGUUUGGACGUUAAGUUUACCAGUUGUAGUAAUUGUACAUGGAAAUCAGGAACCACACGCGUGGGCUACGGUUACAUGGGAUAACGCUUUCGCUGAACCUGGAAGAGUACCAUUCGCAGUACCUGAUAAAGUUCCAUGGGGUCAAGUAGCCGAAGCGUUAAACGUUAAAUUUAAAUCGGCAACAGGCCGUUCGUUAACGGAAGAUAAUCUUCGAUUUCUCGCGGAAAAAGCAUUUCGCGGAGGAAACGCGGCUGGACAAGAUUAUUCCGGUUUGCUACUGAGUUGGGCGCAGUUUUGCAAAGAGCCAUUGCCCGAAAGAAAUUUCACGUUCUGGGAAUGGUUUUACGCCGUGAUGAAGUUGACCAGGGAACACUUGAGGAGUCCUUGGAUCGACGGGUACAUAAUGGGAUUCGUAAGAAAGAAACAAGCUGAAGAAAUGCUGGCGAACUGUCCGUCAGGAACUUUCCUAAUGCGCUUUUCAGAUUCCGAACUCGGUGGGGUUACUAUCGCUUGGGUUGGAGAACAAACCGAAGUCUUUAUGUUACAACCGUUCACCAGCAAAGAUUUCGCAAUCCGCAGUUUAGCGGAUCGCGUGUCCGAUUUACAACACUUACUGUACCUCUACCCAGAUUUGUCGAAAGAUCAAGCAUUUUCCAAAUAUUACACACCGUUUCCAGAAAAUCAAUCUACGUCAACGAACGGAUAUGUGAAACCUUUGUUAGUAACGCACGUACCUGGUUGGGGCGGGCCGGGUGUCGGUGGUCAGACACCGUCACACUCUUCUGUAGUCGGGGUAGGCAGUAGUGGUCAGAGUGGUCCAGGUGGUAGUUAUCCUGCAACGCCGUCCACUAUGUUCCAAGCGCACAGUCCUGACCCGUCCGUAACACGCGAUACUCCAUCGGUGGCUUCCAGCUACGCUCCGGGCCUUGGCCAGUCAGGCGUUGGGCGAACAAACACGGACAUGGACUAUGCAGAUCUGAUGAGUCACAGUGAGCUGCCCCCGAUCGACGAUAAUAUCGACUUGGAACACUUUAAUGGCUUUAGCUUCUCCGAGUUCAUACAAUCGUACAACACUAAGCCGCAAUAGGUAUGUCGGGAUGAUCGCGAUAUAUAUUUCUUUUGUUGAAUUGAUCGCCUUCGUUUAUCCAUCCACGAUACAACUUUUAAACGUAUGCAAUUCGAUGGUAUGCGAUCUAUGUUUAUCGUUGUUUAAUAGGGGAGGGAUGUAAAAAGAAAAUUAUCGUUUCGUCGUCAUCAAUAUCGUUCAUCUGACACGUUGUACACACUUAUUCUUAAUUCUAUUCGUCUCUGGCGAAGCGUAGCAUAUCUUGUGACCCUUUGCAUUUGGGGUCAUCUCGUUGCAAAGUAUGCAAACAAAGCUGACACGCUAAAUAUUAUUAACUUUUGAGCUCUGUAAUUUAUUGUAACGAUAUUCUGUCCACGCUCAAAUUGUACCAAUUCGCUUUCUUUAAGUCUUGACACCGCUGUGAAUAUACUUCAUACUUUUUUUUUUAUAUAUAUAUAUAUCUCGGUAUAUAUACUGUAUUUAAAAAAUUUGCGCUCGCGUAAGUUUGUCCUGUAUCUUAUUUACGAUAUUUCCUCAGUAGUGACAUCCGAGUGCAAAGGGUUUAUUAUAUCGUGUAAGUGCAAUAUACAUAUAUGUAGUAUAAUGUCUCGAGGCGAUCGCCAUCGAUUUUAGUUACUUUGCAUACGAACGAAACAAAAAGUCGCACGAAUAUUUAUACGUUAUCACUUACGUGUUACUUAGCUGCGAUUAGGCACGUCCAUAUGUGUAUCGUAAUUGACAUUAUUUCAUCAUGUUCUCAAUAUAAAAUACUUGUCAUGCCUAAUGUACAAUGAUAGUUUGGUCAUACGAGAACGUUUAAUUAAAUUCUGAUGAAGUGAUCUGCAAUUAAUAUUGCUAUGCAGAAUCUUCCCAAUCGUGUUUUAAUUUUACGCUCUACAACGAGGCUUUCUUUACAAAAUAUUUAGUUUUAUCCGGCUUUUCUUUGUAUAGUGCAAAUUAGUUAUUACAUCUUGUAAGGAAACGGAAACGAGUGCUAUGAUGUAGAAGAGCGUUGAAGAUACGCGCGAUAAAGAUGUAAACGCCACAUAGUAAUGAGCUAGGGUUAACUUGUAUAUCGUUGCAUAGCACAUUUUGAGAUAUUAAAACAUGUUUAUACAAAGUAAUUGAAGUGAUUUCACAGUUUAAGUGACCUUUAUAUUUGUUCUUUUCAAUCGGUACCUUUUUGAUGGUGGUCACAAUGGUCUAGUAAUUAUUCGGAAAAAGCAUCGUUAACGAUUUAAGUAGUAAGAUUUAGAGAUGUCGGGUGAUAAUAGAAUCGGUAUAUUAAAAUAUCAAACGCGCGAAUAGAGACAAUCAUUUUCCGCCUAAUUUUGUAAAUAGCGAAAUUAAACGCAGUAAAGAUUUUAAUUUAUCAGUGGGGCGGAUCGAAGAUGCGAGGGAUUUGUGCAACACGGAUAGAGUGUAACAUUAUGUAAUUUGCGUAACUUAACGCGUGCCUUACGAUCUUUAAAUCUGUGGCUAUAAUAUUUUUCGAUGAUGUUUACAUGCAUAUCUACAUAUAUCUUUGGUGAGAUUCUCUCUUUUCACGGAAGGAUUCGAGUUGUCGAUAGAAACGUGAUCACCGAUCACGCGUUUUUAAAUGUCAUUCUUCUAGGACGUUUUAAAUACACGAGGCGAAACAUUCGUUUAGGCUUGGCGUCUAAUACUUUUAAUGCAAUAUAGCGAAACAAUUAGCAAAUUCAAGGUAAAGGCAUCCUUAGCAAAAACGUUAAUUCUAAGGAUACGAAACUUUCAUCGACAGUUUAAGUAGAUAAAAUUAAUUAUAUCCUAAAUAUUGUUCCCUCCCCUGUGGUAUAUGAAUCAAUUAUUAAAAGAAAGAAAAGAAAAUUAUCAAUUGUUGCGCAUAUGUAAAACAUCGACGUACGCUAAGUUUUGUCUUUAGAAGGAUUACACACAUCGUUAUCCCAUUAUAUUUACUAUAUAAUAUAUAUAUAUAUAUGUAUAUGUACGUAUGUAUGUAUGUAUGUAAGCUAUAUCUCCGAAGAGUGUACGUUAAUAUUGUCUAUUGAUCUUUUUAUCAAAGAUUAGAGUUUAUUUUAUUAUUGAAAACAAUUUUACUGUUUGUAAAAGAUAAAUCGUGUAUUAUUCAUCAUCCUGUAUACAGUAAUUACUAUAUGUAAAUGUAAAAUAAGACCCGUUCGUAUAUUAACGGACAGUACAAUAAAAUAUGAUAAAUGAAAA